CGAGACCCGGACUGCCGGAUCGGCCGUGGCUGUGCUGCCAGACAGAAACGUGACUUUCACAUGACAGAUCGCCAUUUGAGCUUUUCGAGUGGAAUAUCACCUCGCAUCACCUCACAUUGCCUCGCAUCGCCUCGCCUCGCAUCGCAUCGCAUCGCCUCGCAGCCAUCGCCUCGCAGAUGAAUGCCAAGUGUUGUCUUCGCCUCCUCCAUCCCAGACAAGGUCUGCCCGCGCUUCGUCCAGCGCCGCAUCAAUGCGACGCCAGUCGCCGAUCGACUCUGCCCACUCUUGCCAGCCCGAUCACCCUGCGUCCGUUUACAUGCUCCAGCAAGGCCCGCUUGGCCUCGGCUCCGUCCCAGGCAAGGUCUGGCAGCAAGACGGUCGAGCCCUGUCCCAUCAAGCUCUUUGCUCCGGUCUAUGCAGACCUUCCGGUAUUUCCGAUCCGUUCGGCCAACGUCGAUGUCAUCCAGACUCCCUCCGAUUUCUACAACGAGCUCAAGAAUGGAAUCCGGAGGGCCAAGAAGCGCAUAUAUCUGGCAUCGCUAUAUAUUGGAUCUGAGGAGACCGAGCUGAUCAGCGUCCUGCGAGAAAGCCUUGCCAGCAACCCCGAUCUCCAAGCUCAUGUGCUGAUUGACUGUCUGCGAGGGACCCGCGGCGGGAACAGCGCCAGCUCGGCUUCGUUGCUGCAGCCGCUGGUCGAUGAGUUUCCCGGCCGGAUACUCGUGUCGCUCUACCACACCCCCAACCUGAAAGGUCUGACCAAGCAAAUUGUGCCGCGGAGGUUUAACGAGGCGUUUGGGCUGAUGCAUCUCAAGAUCUAUGGAUUCGACGACGACGUGAUCAUCAGUGGAGCCAACUUGAACCGGGACUAUUUUGUCAACCGCCAAGACCGCUAUGUGCUCUUUCGAAAUACGCCCGAACUUUCAAAUUACUUCCAAGACCUGAUGUCGACAAUAGCCGAGUUCUCUCACCGCCUCACGACCCCGCUGCCACAGGAGCGUGAGUUCCACAACCAAGGCAAGCUAUUGGACGAAUUCCGAGCUCGGUGGAUUGAGCGCACCAAGGAGACUCGGGCUCUGGUGAUGAACAGCAGCGAUGUCGAUAACCAGCACGACACGGUGCUUGCCCCCGUGAUCCAGAUGGGUCUCUUUGGUGUGCGCCAAGAUCAACAAGCCAUCACAACCAUCCUCAAGCUCGCCAGCCAGAGCUGCAGCCGCGAUGCCAAAUGGGCGGUCCAUCUGAGCUCGGCAUAUCUGAACUUCCCCAAGGUGUAUGCACAGUUGAUUACCAAAUCCACCGCCCUCUUCAAGAUCAUCACAUCGGCUCCAGAGGCGAACGGAUUCUAUGGAUCAAAGGGGGUCUCGCGCCAUUUGCCGGCAGCAUACACGUACAUGGAGAAGCUGUUUCUUCGCCAACUGAAGGGCGCCGGGCGCAGCGAAAGCGUUGAACUCUAUGAAUACAAGAAGGACCGCUGGACCUUUCAUGCCAAAGGCCUCUGGUGCACGCCGCCACAGCAGAAGCAUCCAGUGUUGACUGUCGUUGGUUCGUCCAAUUUUGGGCAACGCUCGAUGGACCGUGAUCUGGAGGCGCAGGUCGUUCUGAUCACAAAGAAUGCCGAAGUUUCAAAGAAGCUCGGACAGAAUCUGGAAUUUAUUAUGCACACAACUAGCAUCGUCGACGAAGCCACGCUGGAUCGACCUGAUCGCCAGGUUCACUAUCUUGUCAAGCUAGCCGCACGGCUGAUCCGAACUAUGCUGUAGAUCAUCUGGAUCAAGCUAUUGAAGGCCUGGGCUGUGGCACAAUUCGAACCCACGGAGGCAGCAACACCUAUGCAGAACGCACAGCUCCGAGAGCGAGCAGCCCCACACGAGGGCACAUCUAUACAGACCCCACGGAUCUGCAACGGCGAGAGCGAAGGAUGCACUCGCUGUACGUAUGGUGAAUACAUGCCAAGAGCUGCGUUAUCCAUCGCGCGGAUAGCAGAGCCACCGCAGGGAGAGUUGCGAUGGCGUGGAAGUGCAGACGAGAGGGCUGGACUGGAUGUGGCGCAGACUGGUG